CUGAAUCGGUCCGGUCCAAAUAACUCCUGCGCGAGGAAAGUAGAACCCGGCUCUUGUCCUCCGCCGUCGAUCUCACUUGGCACUUCCCCGUCGAUGUAAAGCGCAACGGAAGUGAGCAAUCUCUCCACGAAUCCCUCUCCUCUCCCCUUCCCAUCGUUCCCCAACCUUUUCAACGAGUUUCUUCUUCCAGAUCGAAAGAUAGGGUUUUGAACUGUUCUUCGUCAAUUCCUUAAUCAACAUCUAGGGUUAUCAAAAUUAACCCUACGCUUCCAUGUCAUCAAACAACCUCAACAACGCCAACCCUCCACGACCCAUCGCCGGCUCACCACUUGCCGGCGGCAUGUCCUCUUCCCCUGUAACUCCGCUUCCCCACCUGCGCCCCCCUCCACAACCCCAACCCUCUUCAGCCUCCCCUUUCCAAAACUUUUUCCAGUCACAAUCCCUACAAUCCCACCUUGCCGCCCAGUCCCAGGCUUCCAUGCUGGGCCCCGGUGCCUCUACCCCCUCCCCUGGGCUCUCUGGUGGCCCCAAAAGGCCCCCUCAGAAGCCUCCACCUCGUCCUGCACUGCCGGCAUCAUCGGUGGCUGCUGUUCACAGCUUCAAAUCUGCAGAACUAACUCCUGCAAUCCGCCGGAAGAAGAGGAAGCUCCCUGAGAAGCAUCUACCAGAUCGCGUAGCUGCCCUGCUGCCAGAAUCAGCUCUCUAUACCCAGUUGCUUGAAUUCGAGGCACGGAUUGAUGCCGCCCUUUCAAGGAAGAAGGUUGACAUCCAGGAAUCCUUGAAAAAUCCUCCUACAUUGCAGAAAACCCUUAGAGUUUAUGUUUUCAAUACUUUUUCCAGUCAGAAUAGGUUGGGUUUGGAUCCAAAGAAUGCUGAGCCGCCAUCUUGGUCUCUCAAGAUAAUUGGGAGGAUUUUGGAGGAUGGGGUUGACCCCAAUUCUGCAGAGGCUUUGGCUAAUCCGAAUCCUGCGUAUCCUAAGUUCUCAUCUUUUUUUAAGAGAGUUACUAUUGGUCUAGACCCUAUGCUUUACCCGGAGAAUCCGACAAUUAUUUGGGAGAAUGCAAGGUCGCCUGCUCCUCAUGAGGGCUUUGAGAUUAAGAGAAAAGGGGAUAAGGAAUUCAAUGUGAAUAUACGGCUUGAAAUGAGUUAUAAUCCCGAGAAAUUCAAGUUAUCUCCCGCACUGAUGGAGGUUCUUGGCAUUGAAGUGGACACUCGAGCUAGAAUUAUAAACGGGAUUUGGCACUAUGUUAAGGCUAAGAAAUUGCAAAACCCUAGCGAUCCUUCGUUUUUUACCUGUGAUCCACCAUUGAAGAAGGUGUUUGGAGAUGAUAAGAUGAAGUUUUCAUUGGUUUCGCAGAAGAUUUCUCAACACCUGUCACCCCCGCAGCCCAUACAUUUGGAGCACAGGAUUAGGCUUUCUGGUAAUGGUCCUGCAGGCCAUGCUUGCUAUGAUAUUUUGGUCGAUAUUCCUUUCCCCGUGCAGAAGGAAAUUUCUGCUUUCCUUGCAAAUACAGAGAAACACAAAGAGAUUGAGGCUUGUGAUGAAGUGAUUUGUGCUUCAAUUAAGAAGAUCCAUGAGCAUCGACGAAGGAGAGCAUUCUUUCUUGGUUUUAGCCAGUCACCAGUGGAGUUUAUAAAUGCUCUAAUUGCUUCUCAAAGUAGGGACUUGAAGCUUGUUGCUGGAGAAGCAAGUCGUAAUGUUGAGAAGGAACGCCGUGCAGACUUCUACAGUCAACCAUGGGUUGAAGAUGCUGUUAUCCGUUAUUUAAAUCGUAAACCAGCAGGUGGUAAUGAUGCUCCUAGUAGCACAUGAGCAUUGGAUGAAAGAUUUUACUGGAAAUCAAGUUAGAUUUGACAACCGGUGAAGUUCUAAGGCAAUCAUAAUUAUGCUUUCAGAUUCUCUAUAAUUGUUUUACUCCAUUCCUUGUAUCAGGUAAUUAAUUUGGGUCACUUUGUGUAAAUUAUAUCUUGCAGAACUGUUGUGACGCAUUUUAUCAGGUGCGUGAGUCUGAGAUAUUUUAAUAUGAUAUGUGCUGUAGUACUUGUGAGGAUUUCAUGAUUCUAAUUCCAUCUUAGAGUUUUUUUUUU